AUGGCGGCGGUUGGCGGCGGCGCGGCGGCCCGCUCAGCAGCCGCCGCCGGCCUCAGCAGGGCCGCCGCAGCCGGCGGGAGGCGGCGGGACGGCUCCGGGGACGCCGCGGGAGCCGCGGGUGGCCCCGGGGGCGGCGGCGGCGCGGCGCGGAGGCGGCGGCAAGCGGCGCGGCAGGCGCCCGCGCCGGGCUCGGGGUCGGCGGCGGUCGCGGCCCGCGCGGCCUGUCCGUGGUACCUGGCGCUGCGUGGCCUGGGCCGAGCACCCUUUCCGCAACGUCCAGCCCGCCCAAGGGGAGGGCAGCGAUGGGGGUGUCUCAGCGACCUGGAGAAGGCGUGGCUGAUAUCCCAGCAGAUCCCCCAGUUUGAAGAUGUGAAGUUCGAGGCAGCCAGUUUGCUGUCGGAGCUGUACUGCCAGGAGAAUUCCGUGGACACGGCGAAGCCCCUGCUGCGAAAAGCCAUCCAGAUCUCCCAGCAGACUCCCUACUGGCACUGCCGCCUGCUCUUCCAGCUGGCUCAACUGCACACCCUGGAGAAGGACUUGGUGUCUGCCUGUGACCUGCUGGGGGUGGGAGCAGAGUAUGCCAGGGUGGUGGGGUCUGAGUACACCAGAGCGUUGUUCCUGCUCAGCAAGGGGAUGCUGCUCCUGAUGGAGCGGAAGCUGCAGGAGGUUCACCCUCUGCUGACCCUGUGCGGGCAGAUCGUGGAGAACUGGCAGGGCAACCCCAUCCAGAAGGAGUCCCUGCGGGUCUUCUUCCUGGUCCUGCAGGUCACACACUACCUGGAUGCUGGGCAGGUGAAGAGCGUGAAGCCCUGCCUGAAGCAGCUCCAGCAGUGCAUCCAGACCAUCUCCACGCUGCACGACGACGAGAUCCUGCCCAGCAACCCCGCUGACCUCUUCCACUGGCUGCCCAAGGAGCACAUGUGUGUGCUGGUCUACCUGGUGACAGUGAUGCAUUCCAUGCAGGCAGGGUACCUGGAGAAGGCCCAGAAGUACACAGACAAAGCCCUCAUGCAGCUGGAGAAGCUAAAAAUGCUGGACUGCAGCCCCAUCCUGUCCUCAUUCCAAGUGAUUUUGUUGGAACACAUCAUCAUGUGCCGGCUGGUGACGGGACACAAAGCCACAGCCCUGCAGGAGAUCUCCCAGGUGUGCCAGCUGUGCCAGCAGUCACCCAGGCUCUUCUCCAACCACGCUGCCCAGCUCCACACGCUCCUGGGCCUCUACUGCAUCUCUGUUAACUGCAUGGACAAUGCAGAAGCACAGUUCACUACAGCACUGAGGCUCACGACACACCAGGAGCUCUGGGCAUUCAUUGUCACCAACCUGGCCAGCGUGUACAUCCGGGAGGGCAACAGGCACCAGGAGCUCUACAGCCUGUUGGAAAGGAUAAACCCAGACCACAACUUCCCCGUGAGCUCCCACUGUCUCCGAGCUGCAGCUUUUUACAUCCGAGGGCUCUUCUCCUUCUUCCAGGGCAGAUACAACGAGGCAAAGCGGUUCCUGAGGGAGACCCUGAAGAUGUCCAAUGCAGAGGAUCUGAACCGGCUCACAGCCUGUUCCCUGGUGCUGCUGGGGCACAUCUUCUACGUGCUGGGCAACCACAGGGAAAGCAACAACAUGGUGGUCCCAGCCAUGCAGUUGGCCAGCAAGAUCCCAGACAUGUCUGUGCAGCUCUGGUCCUCAGCCCUGCUCAGAGGGGGGGAGCCUGAGAGCUUUGAGGGGUUUGUGAGCAGCAGUUUUGGGGGAUCCCAGAGCCAGUGGACAGAUGGACCCCCCCCCGUGCAGUUCCAGGCCCAGAACGGCCCCACCACCAGCCUGGCCAGCCUCCUGUGA